AUGACUCUCGCUACCAUCUAUCAAGCACUUCCAGAGGACGUCCUUCUCAUGGUGGCAGAGAAGGAUUCUGCCAAGGAAGCAUGGGAGACACUUAAGACGAUGCACGUCGGCGUGGAGCGAGUCAAGGAGGCAAAAGUGCAAACCUUGAGGACUCACUUCGAGGCAAUUCGCAUGAAAGACGGGGAGACGGUGGACGAUUUCGCUAUGAAAUUAACAUCAAUUGUGACCGGUAUCCGCUCGUUGGGAGAGAAGAUCGUGACCGCGAUCGAACAAUUCGCUGACCUAAAAAACAUGACCGUUGAGGAGGUCGUCGGUCACCUCAAGGUCCAUGAGAAGAGACUUCGCGGCUACGGAGACCGAGAGGAGGAGAAGCACCUUUUGCUCACGCAUGAAGAAUGGAAGUCGCGGAUGAAGAAAAACAAAAAAACUGUUUGUUUUUCAAGCUCGUCGGGUCGCAGCGGCAACGGUGGAGAUAGCCGAGGUCGUGGCAAAGGUCGGGGACGAGGGAGAGAUCAAGGCCUAGAUCGAGGUGACAGCUCAUCUCGACAAGAAGACACCAAACCCCGCAAAGACAAGAGCAUAGUUAAGUGUUACGCUUGUCAAAAGUACGGGCACUAUGCAUCCGAGUGUCGUAACAAAAGCCCGACGAGGAAGCAAACCUCACAAAUCUCCAUGACGAUGAGCCAGCAUUGA